GCUCGCGGGGGACCGGGGUGGGGGCCGGCCGUGAAGAUGGCGGCAGUGGUGGAGGUGGAGGUUGGAGGAGGUGCUGUUGCGGAAAGGGAGAUAGAUGAGGUUGAUAUGUCAGACCUCUCCCCAGAGGAGCAGUGGAGGGUCGAACAUGCACGAAUGCAUGCCAAACAUCGUGGCCACGAAGCCAUGCAUGCUGAAAUGGUCCUCAUCCUCAUUGCUACCUUGGUGGUGGCCCAGCUGCUCCUGGUACAGUGGAAACAGAGGCACCCCCGUUCUUAUAAUAUGGUGACCCUUUUUCAGAUGUGGGUUGUUCCCCUCUAUUUCACAGUGAAGCUGCAUUGGUGGAGGUUCUUGGUGAUCUGGAUCUUCUUCUCUGCUGUCACAGCCUUUGUCACCUUCCGAGCCACACGGAAGCCUCUGGUACAGACAACCCCAAGGUUGGUUUAUAAAUGGUUCCUGCUAAUCUAUAAGAUCAGCUAUGCCACUGGCAUUGUUGGCUACAUGGCUGUCAUGUUUACCCUCUUUGGUCUUAACUUAUUAUUCAAGAUUAAACCAGAAGAUGCAAUGGAUUUUGGUAUCUCUCUUCUCUUCUAUGGCCUCUACUAUGGAGUUCUUGAGCGGGACUUUGCAGAAAUGUGUGCAGACUAUAUGGCAUCAACCAUAGGGUUCUACAGUGAGUCGGGCAUGCCUACCAAGCACCUCUCAGACAGCGUGUGCGCUGUGUGUGGGCAGCAGAUCUUUGUGGAUGUUAAUGAAGAGGGCAUCAUCGAGAACACGUACAGGCUUUCCUGCAAUCACGUAUUCCAUGAAUUCUGCAUCCGAGGCUGGUGCAUCGUGGGAAAGAAGCAGACGUGUCCCUACUGCAAGGAGAAGGUGGACCUGAAGAGGAUGUUCAGCAAUCCCUGGGAGCGGCCUCAUGUCAUGUAUGGACAGCUGCUAGACUGGCUUCGGUACUUGGUAGCCUGGCAGCCUGUUAUCAUUGGCCUGGUGCAAGGCAUCAGCUACAUCCUGGGCCUGGAGUAAUCAGAGACCACAUCAUUGCAGAACCACCCCACCCACCAUGGACCUCAGGGCACUCUCCUUGCUGCCCACAAAGACUUGGGUGGAAAAGACUCAAAGGCACUUGGGCCAUUCAGGACCUCCCCAGCUGUGUCUGGGUUGGAGGGGACAUGAUGGAGAACCAGCCAGUGGGGCUGUCAGCAGUGGGGGGCUUUUUAAAAGAAAAUUAUUUUGAUGAAUAUAUUUAAAUUUUUUUAUUGUG